GAACAAUAGGAUGUGUUUUUUAUUAGAGAAGACCUAUUCAUGAUUGGAGACAUCAAUCCUGUAAAUAGACACCGUUAAAAAGUUUAUUGGUAUUCGGAAUGUAAAGGAUAUCUAUUAUUUGACAUAGAAACUCAGAAAGCAUAGAGUAUGACUUCAAUAAGUUUGAAGUCUUUUGUAUUUUAAACUGAAAUAGAAGAAAGAAAUAUGAGCUGGCUUAUUGGUGAAAUAAUUUGUGACAGUUAAACCAUGUGAUUUUUUGUGAGUGUUAGUGCCAUAGCUUUUAAGUUUUUUUCCUUUCACUUAAUAUUGAAAAGCUGUUAUUACAAAUAAUUGCCUGACAGUAUUCGGAGGGUGACAUAAUGGAUUAAUUGUUGGUUGUAUAGGAAUAAUGGGCACAGAGGUGGCUGCUAGGCCCACCCUAACCCCAGGCCUGACCUCCAAUAGUCAGGGACCUGGGCCCAAAAAAAGGGAGCGCAAACGCUCGUUUUCUAGUUCUGCAAGUGUGACAAGUAAUGGAAGUUCACUUCGUACGAUUUACAGCCGAGAUGUUAGUCUUAGGAUACAGAGACGGAAGUACAGUCUUGCCACUGCCAUAGUGUGUGUUGGUGCUAAAAUACAUCAUCGUUCGUCCCCGGCUCAAAGCCUUCAGGAUGAAAAGUCACGAACUCAUAAUGUCUUCCGGGAAAACACCAAACUUUCUUCUACCACGCUAGACCAACUUAGAGAAACAAGUUUCAAUCCAAGUUUCAACUCUUCAGACUCAUCUUCUUUCAAUAAAAAACCAAACCCAGCAGUCUUAGACUCGCAUGACUACAAAAGUCGCUACCGAUGUGCGCCAAGUGACAAUGUGAUGACGGAGGAUGUCAUAUAUCAGGACACUGUUGAGUGCCGUGUUUCAGAGGAAUCUCAGUCUCAGGAAUCUCAGUUUAGCGUGUCAGAUCAGUCAACGCUCAGUUCUGACACAAGAACAGAGUGGUCCGACAACAGCAGCUCAGAAUUCGAUGCGGACUUUAAUCAAAACUUUUUUCGCAUUGACAUAUCUAGACGAGGCUUAUCGCGAGGUGUUCUAGACGAGCAUCCGUCCCUUGAGAUUGUCACAGCAACGAACUUCACCAAGACCAUCGCAGAUGCUAUUGCCAAUUACCAAGAGCCGUUGAGCAGUCAGCAGUCGUCCCCAACGAUCACCGAGGAUGCAGCUAGCUCGGGCCAGUCCCUACAGGGUGACCUGUGCGCCACGGGUUACACCACGGAGCGCAGCAGCGUUGAAUCAAGCUACUCAUGGGAUGAGUUUGACCGGCAAGCUGCCAAGACAGUACAGAGGUUGUUUGAUGAGAUAGAUUCAGUGUUGUUUGAACUGCGGUCAAACCAGGCCGAGCACAGCAUCUACAAGGAGUGCCAAGAAUGGGGGACACUCUUUCCACAUUUACGGGUACUUGGUCGUCAGCUGGUUCCAGGCCAGGAGGUGGGGUACGAGAUGAUUGAGCGGGAGUUGACGCGACCAAGCACCACCAGCAGCAUGGGCAUUGAGGAAGUCACAGAUCAAGACCUCUCCCUCAACUCAACUGACUCUCAGGGGUUAUCAGUGAGCGGACGGAGCGUGCGGGCAAUAGUACCCCCUCCAGAGGCCCGCUCACGCUCAUCAAGCACGCCAUCAUCUCAACUGUCAGAGUUCUCGUUCCUGGAGGAAGAGAUAUUUGACUGCGAAGGAGAGUACGAGGAAAUCAUUGCCAUUGACUACAAAGACAUCUAUGAGGAACAGUCUGACCACAAGAAGCAGCUAACCCCAAGGCGGCGGCGUGUUGCCUAUCCACCUAUCACCCCAAAUGCCAACUUCAAAGAUAGCGUUGCGAGUUCAGCAUUUGAUUGCAUGUGGCAUGAGAUAAUUUCAUGGAUGAGACCAUUAUUGAAAAAAUACUCAAGUACCAUUUUUGAUUCGAAGCCUCAGAUUCACUCUAUAAAGGCAGAACAGCUGAGGAAUGAAUCCACACCAGCGCCUCCUUCCAGGGAAAAUUCAAAUAUGAAGAACUCUCUGGGUAGUCGGGCGCAUACGAUGAUAGAGCCCAGGCAGCUGGAUGACCUUCUUAAGAUUUCACGCAAAAUUGCUAUCCCUAGAGAGGCCUCCACCCUUGGUGAAAUUCCUGAUGCUCAACCAGCGUUUCCGUCUGCCCGCCCAGUCUCCAGUGUGCCCACAGGGGGUGCAAGGAGGGCUCAUUCAACCCGGGUUCCUUUUAUCCGGAAUAUCAAGAGCAGUGUCAAGCUGGCGCCCAUUGAUCGCUCAAAGACUCCCAGUAUGGAUGAAGAGCGAGCAUCUGCUCUCAGGGUGCGAAAAAUCGACAUUGGUGUGAAUGGUCCCAUCACUUCAUCUCCCACGUACAACUCCCGCAAUGGGGCCCUGCCUCCUAUUGGCACUCCAGGGCCGCUAGACAUUGAGACUGGGCACCGUUUUCAGAGAAAAACAGUGACAAGUCGAGCAAGCAGUGCGGUAGAUAAAGAUUUAAGAGUUGCUUAUCGGGACCGAUUUAUCGGCCUAACUGAUGCUCGUCCCAGUACUACCCACGCCUUUAGGUCGGAGACCCCGUCAGGCCAAGGUAGAAGGGCAUCUACACCAUUUAACUCUAGUGCAUUUAACAACCCGUCCAUAUCAAGAAACAGCUAUGGUGCAGGUAUGCACCAGCACCUGGAUGUCAGGGGGAGUGGCCUGCAGCCAUCACAUGACAUUGGUCACCUAGGUAACAUCCCCCAGGAGGAGGACCACGAGGGGCUGGAUGAGCCAGUGCACCCGAACCAGUGGAGCAAAGUACGCACUCAGUAUGGUGGCCCACCGCCGGCUAGUGCACCGUCUAUGGUGUAUUAUAAGUAACGCUCCUUCGAACCCUAGUCACAACAACCCAUACCGCCGUGGUCGGCAAGUGAGUUCGCUGGUUCGCUCAUGAACUAUCGGUACACAACACUUCCAAUUCAUCAUUUCACUCUUCUUUUCAACUACAUGUACAUGAAAACAGCUUCAUACAAGAGUACAUAACAAGUACAAGAAAAGUGUAUAAAAUAAAUGACUCGUGCCAAAUUGCCAGGGAAUAUAUUAACAGGGAAUACAGAUCUGAACUACUUUGAAUAAUUGUUUUGUGAUUGAAAGUGCUUCUGGGAAAUAAGGUUAUAUUUUUGAACAUUUAUCUAAGUUUUCUGGAAGCAUGAUAAUAAAUCUGCUGCAAGCAUUCAGCUGAUUGAGACUGCAUGCAUGCUUGCAGCUGCAUGAUGAGCAUAGUUAUAGGGAGGAGUGCAGGAUCUGGGUUACAUGGAAAACAACCAUUGGUGAUGUUGACAAUUAUGGAUUCCUCUCACAUGAUAUUGGAUGGAACAAUUGGGGAGAAUGGAAGCUUUGUAUGGUGUUUGUAUCUGUAUCUGCCUCAGAUCGGAGGCUGUCCAGUGUUUGCUAGAAUUUACUUUUUGUGAUGGUAGCAAUUAUAUCUCUGUCACUUAGGGCAAAUCUUUUGCAGAUAUUUUUAUGUUCAAUGUUUGCUUUCUGUGAUUCAGGGAAAUUUUGAAUUAAAAAAGUGUUUACUUAGGUAAAUAUAUACAAUAAAAGAUUUGAAUAAUGCCUUAUGUCAUUUUCAUUUUUCAGCUUAUUGACUUUUAUUUCAACACUUUUCCCAUGAAUUAAAACUAUUCCUUAUUUAUUAUACCACCACAAACAAAGUUUAGGGGGGUAUAUAGGAGUGAACUUGUCUGUCGGCCUGUCUAUCGGUCCGUAUUAAGUGUCCGCUCUCUAAUUCAAGUAGUUUUCAUCCGAUCUUCACCAAACUUGGUCAGAAGUUGUAUCUACAUGAUGUCUAGGCCAAGUUCGAACAUGGGCCUUGCCAGGUCAAAAACUAGGUCACGGGGUCACUUAGUGCGUUUUAAACAUUCAGCAUGUCUGCUCUCUAAUUCAGGUAGUUUUCAUCCGAUCUUCACCAAACUUGGUCAGAAGUUGUAUCUAGAUGAUGUCUAGGCCAAGUUCGAACAUGGGCCUUGCCGGGUCAAAAACUAGGUCACGGGGUCACUUAGUGCGUUUUAAACAUUCAGCAUGUUGUCCGCUCUCUAAUUCAAGUAGUUUUCAUCCAAUCUUCACCAAACUUGGUCAGAAAUUGUAUCUACUUGAUGUCUAGGCCAAGUUCGAACAUUGGCCUUGCCGGGUCAAAAAAUAGGUCAUGGGGUCACUUAGUGCGUUUAAAACAUUCAGCAUGUUGUCCGCUAUCUAAUUCAAGUAGUUUUCAUCCAAUCUUCAACAAACUUGGUCAGAAGUUGUAUCUAGAUGAUCUAAAGGCCAAGUUCGAACAUGGGACUUGCCGGGUCAAAAACUAUGUCACGGGGUCACUUAGUGCGUUUAACAUUCAGCAUGGUGUCCUCUCUCUUAUUCAAGUAGUUUUCAUCAGAUCUUCACCAAACUUGGUCAGAAGUUUUAUUUAGAUGAUCUGAAGGCCUAGUUCGAACAUGGGCCAUGCCACAUCAAAAACUAGGUCACAGGAUCACUCAGUACGUUUUACACAUUGAGCAUGGUGUCCGCUCUCUAAUUCAAGUAGUUGAAAUCUGAUCUUCACCAAACUUGGUCAGAAGUUGUAACUAGAUGAUGUGUAGGUCAAGUUCGAACAUGGGCCAUGCCGGGUCAAAAACUAGGUCACAGGGUCAUUUAGUGUGUUUUAAACCUCACCAUGUUGUCCACUCUCUAAUUCAAGUAGUUUUUAUCCAAUCUUCACCAAAAUUGGUCAGAAGUUGUAUCUUGAUAAUGUCUAGGGCAAGUUUGAAUAUGGGUCAUGCCGGGUCAAAAACAAGGUCACGGGGUCACUUAGUGCGUUUUAAACAUCACAAUGUUGUCUGCUUUCUAAUUCAAGUAGUUUUCAUCCAAUCUUUACCAAACUUUGUCAGAAGUUGUAUCUAGAUGAUGUCUAGGUCAACUUUGAAUAUGGGUCAUGCCGGGUCAAAAACUAGGUCACGGGGUAUCUUAGUGCGUUUUAAACCUCGCCAUGUUGUCCGCUCUCUAAUUCAAGUAGUUUUCAUCCAAUCCUCACCAAACUUGGUCACAAGUUUUAUCUAAAUGAUCUCUAGGACAAAUUUAAACAUGGGCCAUUCUGGGCCUAAAACUAGGUCACGGGUAUACUUAGUGCGAUUUUAGCUCACCUGAGCACAACCUGCUCAUGGUGAGCUUUUGUGAUCGCUUUUUGUCCGUCGUCCGUUGUGCGUUGUGCGGCGUCAACAUUUGCCUUGUUAACUCUCUAGAGGUCACAUUAAUUGUCCAAUCUUCAUAAAAUUUGCUCAGAAGAUUGGUUUUAAUGAUAUCUUGGAUGAGUUCGAAAAUGGUUACGUUUGCUUGAAAAACAUGGCUGCCAAGGGGCGGGGCAUUUUUCCUUAUAUGGCUAUAGUAAAAUCUUGUUAAAACUCUAGAGGCCACAUUUAUUGUCUGAUCUUCAUAAAACUUGGUCAGAAGAUUCAUACCAAUAAUAUCUUGGACGAGUUCAAAAAUGAUGCUGGUUGGAUGAAAAACAUAGCCGCCAGGGGUGGGGCAUUUUUCCUUAUAUGGCUAUAGUAAAACCUUGUUAACACUUUAGAGCUUACAUUUAUUUUCCGAUCUUCAUGAAACUUGCUCAUAAGAUUUGUCCCACUGAUAACUUGGAUGAGUUCAAAAAUGGUAAUCUUUGCUUGAAAAACAUGGCUGCCAAGGGGCGGGGCAUUUUUCCUAAUAUGGCUAUAUAAGGCUAUAGUAAAAUCUUGUUAACACUCUAGAGGCCACAAUUAUUGUCCGAUCUUCAUGAAACUCGGUCAGAAGAUUCAUCCCAAUAAUAUCUUGGACGAGUUCUAAAAUGAUGCCGGUUGGUUGAAAAACAUUGCCACCACAGGGGCGGGGCUAUUUUCCUUGUAUGGCUAUAGUAAAACCUUGUUAACACUCUAGAGGUCACAUUUAUUUUCCGAUCAUCAUAAAACUUGGUCAGAAGAUUUGUCCCAAUGAUAUCUUGGAUGAGUUCGAAAAUGGUUUUGGUUGCUUUAAAAACAUGGCCACCAGGGGCGAGGCAUUUUUCCUUAUAUGGCUAUUUAUGGCUAUAGUAAAACCUUGUUAACACUCUAGAGGCUACAUUUAAAGUCCAAUGUUUAUGAAAUUUGGUCAAAAGAUUGGUGUCAAUGAUAUCUUGGAUGAGUUCGAAAAUGGUUACGUUUGCUUGAUAAAAAUGGCUUCCAAGGGGCGGGCAUUUUUCCUUAAAUGGCUAUAGUAAAAUCUGUUUAGCACUCUUAGAAGCCACAUUUACUGUCCGAUCUUCAUGAAACUUGGUCAGAAGAUUCAUCCCGAUAAUAUCUUGGACGAGUCCAAAAAUUAUGCCGGUUGGUUGAAAAACAUGGCUGCCAGGGAGCGGGGCAUUUUUCCUUAUAUGGCUGUAGUAAAACCUUGUUAACACUCUAGAGGCCACAUUUAUUUUCCGAUCUUCGUGAAAAUUGGUCAGAAGAUUUGUCCCAAUAAUAUCUUGUUAUCUCAGGUGAGCGACUUUGGGCCUUUCAGGCCCUCUUGUUUAACAUUCAGCAUGGUGUCCGCUCUCUAAUUCAAGUAGUUUACAUCGAAUCUUCACCAAACUUGUUCAGAAGUUUUAUGGGGAUGAUCUUAAGGCCAAGUUAGAACAUGGGCCUUUCUGUGUCAAAAACAAGGUCAAGGUGUCCCUAAGUGCGUUUUAAAAAUUGAGCAUGGUUUCCGCUGUUUUUUUUUAAGACGACAUGCAAAAUAUUGUGUCAAUGCGGCAUGUGGUGGUAUUUGUCACGUCUGUGACAAAGCUCUAGUUGAAUUAGUAUAUAUUACAUUAUGCAUGGACAUACUAUUUUCAUUAACAAAGCUGUAAGUCACUUUCAUUUAUUUAAAUAUAUUGUUGGAUCUAAUUUACUAUUCUACAUUCUUACCCAAGAAUAACGUAUUAAUGUGUGACAUAUGAACUGCUAUAAUAUUGUGCAAGACACGUAAUAAUUUGUUAAAAUCUUAAUUUGUUGGAGGUAAACAUGUUAUUUUUUUUAAUUGAUGUUUCCUAGUUUUAACGAAAUGAUUCGCUUUAGUGUUUCCUGUGACCUUAAAAUGUUUUUUUACUGUUAUAUGACAUAGAAAUUAACAGUGCUUAGUAAAACUUAAUAAAUGUUGUAAUUAAUCAAGUUAAUGUGUAUGUACUAGCGGGGAUAUUUUGUAUAGAAUGUUUAAGACCAAAGAAAUAAUGUGCAGUGUUGUCCUGUGUUUAGUCAGUCUUUGACAAGAACUAAGAUCCUUGUGAAAGCUGUGUAUAAUUAUUAUACAUUUAUUCAUUUGUUGUGCUCAACAGUUAAUAAAUAUUUGAAUGCCUCAACACAAGGAGGCAUUAAUUAUUUUACUUGUCCAUCUGUACACCUCAAAGAUCUUGUUUUCAUAUUCCCUUUAACCACCUGGAAGAUCUACCUCAAACUUUCACAGUAAAAUAUCUUAAGUGUGCUGCUUAAAGAAAGGAAUUUCAGCUGCAACCACCUUAGUCUGAAUGAGGGCAUUUUGUCCGUUUUUCAUGCCCAAAUAGUCUGAAUGAGGGCCUUUUGUCCAUUUUUCAUUCCCUUAGUCUGAAUGAGGGCCUUUUGUCCAUUUUUCAUGCCCAAAAUAUUGUGUUUUCAACUCCUCUGAACCAAAUGGGUGGAUCCGCUCAAAAUUCAGCACUUUAAUAACCUGAAGGUGAAGAUGAUUGUAAAGCAAGGAAUUUUUGCAGUGAAGAGUUGGUGAAAUUAUGGCCCUUUGUGUUUUUGUCCAUUUUAGAAUGUAAAGUGGAUUUGUGUGUGUCCAAACACAUGUUGUGGGUAACCAGUGUCACCCACACAUUUCUAGUUUAUAAAUAUGCCUAUAUGUAAUUUUUGGGAGGACUGUUAACAGUUUUAAAACAUCUGCUAUCUACAUUAAGGUCUCAUUUUUGUAUGAACUUAUGAUCUAGCAACUAUAGUUACAACAACAACAAGGCAGUACAUUAUUUUACACAUAAAAUAUAAAGAAUGAAGAUUUUGAUCUUAUACAAAAAGUCAAAACGUAAUAAUGUAUUCCUGAUGAAAGUUAUGUGUGUAAGUUUUAUUGUCAUGGAGUCAUCAUGGUAUACCAAAGUAUACAGCUGUUGAAUAUGAAGUUUGAUGAAUAUUUGCUUAAAUUUAAGAUAAGGAUGUAAUUUUCGUUUAAGAAUGCCAUGGUGUCACGUUCUGCACCUUGUCAUGUAUCUGCAGUUUAGUGUGUGCACAAUUGUAGUUGUCCCAAUUGCCUUAAAAUUUUCUUUGAAAUACUCGUUGUUAUUACCUCAGAAUUCCUGUAACUAGGAAGCAUAUCAUGGCAAACGUUUUCUUGCUACUGCCUGCUGUGUUUUGUAGCUGCUUAUUUCCUUAAGCUGCAGGACCCUCUUGUUUGUUUUAAAGCAUUUAUGAGCAAUAUUAAAUGUCCCACUUCAUGCAAACAUGGGUCUUAUGACAUUUGGUACCAGCGUUUCUUUAGACCAUUCUGCGCAUUUUCGCAUUCUGGUCAGGAAAACCCCUGUCCAUGACUGAAUAGCAGCCAUUCUUGCACCUGACCAUACUGCUUAGUCUGGGUGUGAGUUUCCCUGGCCACAUUAUAAACUAUACCCAUUUUUGCAUGACACCUUUCAUAUUGUAUUGUGUUCUGCAUAUAAGCAGAAAAGCUUAAAAAUUAAAUAAAUGAAUAAAUUAUUGCUGUGAGUGAAAAGUUAUCACAUCAAGCCUGUUCAUGUUAACCUUGUAAUCCAAAUUGUGAGUGUUGAGUCAUUUGAAAAUAAUGUUACCAAACACGAAUAUUCGAUGAUAUGCAUAAAUCUCAUAGCUUUUAAGUCAAAUUCAACACAGAAGCAGUGCUCUUGUAUGUAAGAUAUUCAUUUAUUUACCGUUUACAAAUGGCAGUGACAUGUUUUAUUUAUGUUGUUGUAUCUCUCAGAUUAUGUCCAGAAAUGCAACUAAGCUUGUGGUAGCAACACUAACUGAAUAAACACAAGUUUCAUUACAAUUAUGUUUUAUGAACAUGUAAUAUUUAUUAAGUUUUCUGAUAUCUUUUGCAAAUAUACAUAUCAGAAAAUUAAGUGUGAUAUAUUUUUGUCAUUUACUGUAACUCACUUCAUUACAAAUAACAGUCAUAUAGUCUGAACAAGUCAGAGUGUUACACCUAAUCAAGCAAUAAAACCCUGAUGCAAGUCUUUGAAAGGCAAUGCAUGGAAAAAAAACUCUGUUUGCAUAUUGCUGUGCAUGUUCUUUGAAUUUGUUGUAGGGUCAAAUCUAGCCUCAAAAGCUACUAAGAGUUUUACAUGUAUUUUCUUCUAUUUUUUUGUCAUAUUUUUGUCUCCACCGUCUUAGUGAUGACUGUGGUUGUAGACUGUUUAUGGCAAUUUUUUGUUACUGAAUAUACUGUAUAUAGAUAACCAUGUAUAUUAUUAAACCCAGAUGUCAGAGUCUCUGUAAAUAGUGAACUAGGAAUAGCUCUUCUUUAAAAUAAAUAUGGAAUGAUGA